UGCCCGUGUGCUCCGCUGGGCGCUGCCCUCUGUGACCCGGCAGCCCUAGACCGGCUGAAGCUGCUGCUACGGCGCCAAAGAGAUCAAGAUGACGGGAGGCAGGGCGCCCACACCUCUCCUCCUCCUCCUCCUCCUCCUCCUCUGCGAGCUGUCGUUGGCCAGCCGCGUCCCUCCAGAAACCAAAGCUGUAUUUAUUGGAGAAGAACUAGAGAACAUUACCAUACCUUGUAGCAAUACCUCAGUCUCCAGGGGCCUGGUGAGCUGGUAUAGGAACGAGCCUGAGGCUACCUUCCUCCUUUCUUCUGAAACAACCCUUCCAUCUGAAUCUCACUACUCCCUAGUGAAUGCCAGUUCCCUGCAUAUCACAGGGCUGGGCCUACAGGAUGAGGGGAACUACACCUGUCGGGAAGUCCUGAAUGAGACCCUGGGAGACCACCUGGAACACAGGGUCCAACUGCUGGUGGCCAGUGGCCCCACCCAGAUCGACAUCAACAUCUCUCCGACUGGAAUCCACCCAAAUGGUUCCCUCUUUGUCGCCAGGGGCUCCCAGGUGACCUUCAACUGCAGCAGCAGCUCCUACCCACCGGCCGUGGUGGAGUGGUCCUUCCAGCAGUCAGGGUCCAGCAGUGAGCCCUUUGGGGUCAACAAUGAGACCUUCAGCUACUUUGUGCUCCACAACAUGUCGCCCACACUUCAGGGGAAUUACACGUGUUUGGCCACAAACACGCUCAGCAAGAGAGUUCAGAAAGAGACCUCUGAGCUCCUGGUGUAUUAUCCACCUUGGUCAGCCCCGCAGUGCUGGGCAGAGACGGCCGCCAUGGGGUCCAUGCUACAGCUCAUCUGCCGAUGGUCUGGCGGGUAUCCAGAUCCCGUCUUCCUGUGGACAGAAGAGCCAGGAAACUUGAUCUUGGGCAAUUCAAGCUUGGGUGUAGAGACACUCAAUCGGUCCCAGUUGUCUGACGGCAAGAAGUUCAAGUGUAUCGGGAAUCAUAUCGUGGGGUCGGGAAUGACGGGAGCCAACUGUGUGGUCCAGAUAAAUGGGCCCACCCUUCAGUCCGAGCCAAUGAAGACCUGCUUCCUGGGAGGCAAUGUGACCCUCACCUGCGAGGUGUCUGGAGCCAACCCUGCAGCCAAGAUCUCCUGGCUGCGGAAUCUCAGCCAGUCAGGGGAGGAGAUCCUGCCCAGUCCACAUUACCUGAUAAUGCACAAGGACUCAGUCUCCACCCUCACCAUCCUCAACUGUUCCCAGGGGGUGGAUGAAGGCUACUAUGUCUGCAGGGCAGAGAACCCAGUGCGGGUGAGAGAGGUGGACAUCUGGCUGACUGUGAAAAAACCUUUGAACAUCGGGGGCAUCGUGGGAGCAGUUGUGAUCUUGCUUCUGUUGGGAAUGGGGACAGUCUCAGGUUUUAUAUUGUAUUACAGUCCAAAUAUCUGCCUGAAAGUAGGAAACAGCCUCAGGGAUCAAGACACAAAUGACGUCAUGGUCCUGGUGGAUUCACAGGAUGAGGAGGAGGAGGAAGAGGCAGAAGAAGAGGAAGAAAGAGAGGAGGGAGAAUUGCCAAAAGAGACGAGCAGACACGGCCACGUACACCGGGUGACUGCCCUGGUGAAUGGCGAUGUGGAGCGCAUGGGGAACGGUCCCCAGGCCCUCCAGGAUGACAGUAGAGAAACCCAGAGCGACAUUUUCCAGGAAGAAUGUGACCGACCUGUUUGAUUGAAAUUCAUCUUUUCCUUUAUGUUCCUGGAGCACCCUCAGAGGAUGCUUGGUUGGAGUUUAGCUUUCCAGACGCCCUAAAGCAAUAUCCCAACCUGGGCUCUGAGAUCUCUCACUUUGGCAAUGGUUUGGGCCCCUCAGCAAAGAUCCCACCUCCCCUUCUGCUCUUUUCUCCCUAAUUAGCUUGAUUUGGGGUCGGCUCCCUCAAGGAUGCUAAAGAGCCGUAGGGACAGGCAAACACUUGGGAGGAAGCCUUAGACGUGGCAUUUGGUUUCCAAAGUGCAACUUUCCCGGGGAAUCUUGACUCCAUCCAGAUGUCCCCACUUCCUUGAGAGCACAAGUGAAAUGUCUUUCCUUAGCAAGAGGAAGAUGAUCGAAGGUUUGCCAGCAGCUCAUGCCAGUGUACAGAGAAGAGUGUUCUGGGAUCCCAGGGCAAGCACCUAAAAUGACCCAGGCAAUAAUCCCUUUGUCACUAUCCAAGGAAGGUAUAGGUGGGCCAGAUUUCCAGGCAAAUGUCCACUGACUGAAAAAAAGGGCAGGAUUUGCCAGAAACUAUUAUAUCUGGGGGGGGACCUUUCUCACCUUGGUGGGAAGUUAGGUCAACUAAAAGUUGCAGUCUCUCAGUGAGUGAGAGCAUUGCUGGCAUUUGAAGAAGGAGAUGUGGAUUAUUAGAAUGGAAGAGCACUGGACCUGGAAGGCCACAACCUGUGUAUCCUUGGGCCUAUCACCUCUCUGGGCCUCAGUUUCUUCAUCUGGAAAAUGAUAGAGUGGAUGACUUCUAAGGGCUCUUCUAAAGCCCCACAGGCUCUAUGGAUCCUGUGAUCGUUCAUAACUUUUCCGGGUCCAUAGAUGAGCCAUAAUUCUUUUUGGAGAGGUGGGAGGUUAAUGAGAUAACAAGGAGAUGCUUUUAUUGUAACCAGAAUGUAUAGGGAAAUGCUCCACAGGGAACAGGAAAAGUGUAAUUAGGUGAGCCUCUACUUUUUCUGCUCCCUUAGCCAUUGAUAUGAAAGUCAUUGAUACAAAAGUAAGAACCCCAUAUAGUUUGCCAUGGAACAAGUAGAAAUCUGGACUGGUUCUCAACUUUCUCACUCGGCUCUGGUGACCAUGAUUGAGUCAUGGCCAUUCUUGACCUGGUCUUCUGCAUCUCUGAAAUGGGGAUGAGAAAACAUCUUUUCUGCUUGCCCCAAGGGGCUACUAGGAAGCUAGCCCCAUUGGAUAACUAUGAAAUGGAAGGAAAAUGCUAUGGAAUAAUGACAAGUGGGAGACUCUAGUGAGCUGCCAUUGUUUUUUUUCCACAAGGCCUUCAGUGAGUGCAAUCCUCAAGCCUUUUACAUGAUGGUGAUAGAGGAUGUAAGGGCUUGUGCUAGGCACUGCACUUGUUUUCCACGUGUACAGAUCUGCUCAAGAUGGGGCUGGGAUGCACUCUGGGACUUGGAAGGUCUGGGUUCUUAUCUUGCUUCAGAUAUUCACUUUCUGUGUGAGCAUGAGCAAAUCACUUCACUUCUCUGAGACUCAGUUUCCUUAUCUGUAAAAUGGAGAUAGAAUACCUGUAACACCUACCUCACAGGGCUGUCAUGAGGCUCCAAUGAGGUCAUGUAAAUAACAGAAGUGCUUUGGCAAACUUACUUAUCCUCCUGCCUUUUUCAUCACCAUGAACUUAUGUCACCCUGGACUUUGCCAAGACAGCUUGAACUCAGCAGCAGACUCCCUUUUCUAACACUAAAGUUAUCUAGGUUAUAAAAUUUGUUGUUGUUUUUUUUUUUAUCACAUUCAUUCACAUGUUGUGAUGACUGUGAUGCCUGAAAUGGGUUUCAUUAUGCACGGCUCUUUGCGUUAGCUGCACCUUAUUCUGCAUGAGAAGCAGUGCAGUGGUUAGAGUUGACCUCAGGGUCAAGAAGACCUGGGUUCAAAUCCUGCUUUUGCCAUAUAUUAAGUACGUG